AUGAAUGAGCUAGACAAUUUGAAAUCUACAAUGAAAUACUUAGCUGCUUACUUAUUGUUGGUCAACGCCGGUAACACCGCCCCAGCUGCCGCUGACAUCAAGAAGGUCUUGGAGUCCGUGUCCAUCGAGGUCGAGGACGACAAGGUCGAGAAGCUCUUGGCCGAGGUUGAGGGCAAGAACGCCGAGGAUUUGAUUGCCGAGGGUAACGAGAAGUUGUCUUCUGUUCCAACCGGUGCUGCUGCCGGUGGUGCCGCCGCUGCCGGUGGUGCUGCUGCUCCUGAGGCUGCUGCCGAGAAGGAGGAGGAGGCUGCUGCCGAGGAGUCUGACGACGACAUGGGCUUCGGUUUGUUCGACUAA